AUGGCCAAGUGCCUCUUCACCACUCCGAUCCUUCGCUGUCCUCCUGCUCGCCUACGGACAGGGGCUGUGUCGAUGGAGAUUCUGUCGUUCCGGGCCACCGCCCGUCACCCCAGUCUGCGCCAAUUUUCGUCCAAAUCAUGGCGACAGUAUAACAAGGACAAUAAUGAAAACAAAGGAGGAUUCGGCUCGAGGUUACGCUUUGCCUUGCGCAACACAAAGGUCGAAUGGUACCCUAUUCCCGUUGGACUCGGCAUCGGCCUUCUCGGACUGCUGAGUUUCUACAAGUCACAGCGUGCGGAACGCGAUCGUCUGGCUCGCGAAGCCGCUGGAGAUGAAUGGGAGGAGGGGAAACGGCCACCGCGUCGUCCACGAAUCUCGCUGUCUGGUCCCUGGCAUGUCCAGAUCAUGUCUACUCUGCCCCUGAAAGCCAUGUCGCGACUAUGGGGCCGCUUCAACGAAAUCGAACUUCCUUACUACUUCCGAGUACCUGGAUUUAAGCUCUACUCCUGGGUCUUUGGCGUCAACCUCGAAGAGGUCGCCGAACCCGAUCUGCACACGUACCCGAACCUGGCCGCAUUCUUCUAUCGCAAGCUGAAGCCCGGUGUUCGACCUUUGGACCCCAACCCGCACGCCCUGUUGGCACCUUCCGACGGCCGAAUUCUGCAGUUUGGUAUGAUUGAACGCGGCGAGGUGGAACAGGUCAAGGGAAUGACAUACAGUCUGGAUGCUCUCCUGGGUUCGGCCACGCCUGAACACGCUGACCACAGCAACCGGUUGGCCGAUAAGGGUGAGGCGGAAACACAAAAGGAUGUCGAGAAUAUGUCUGCUCAUGAGGAGUUCGCGCGCGUGAAUGGUAUUUCCUACACGCUCCCGACCCUGCUCUCAGGUGAAACCGAUGCGCCCAAGCGCCUUGCGUCAUUGGAUGCCUCAACUGCAUCCAAGGCUACCUCGGAAAUCCAAGUUCAGGAAGAGCUGGCUCGUGGCGAUGGUACACCGUGGUACGCUCCCAAGACUGCGGCUAACCAUGCCUUGUUCUAUGUCGUGAUCUACCUCGCUCCUGGUGACUACCAUCGGUUCCACUCCCCCGCUCCCUGGGUUGUUGAAAGCCGUCGUCACUUUGCCGGUGAGCUGUAUUCUGUCUCACCUUACCUGCAAAGACACCUCCCUGGAUUGUUUACUCUCAACGAACGAGUCGCCCUCCUCGGCAGGUGGCGAUGGGGAUUCUUCAGUUACACACCGGUCGGAGCGACCAAUGUAGGCUCCAUCAAAAUCAACUUUGAUUCGGAACUACGUACCAACAGCCUUCUGACGGAUACCGCUGCGGACUUGGCAGCGGCCUUGGCUACUAAGCGGGGUGAACAAUAUCCCGGUUUUGUCGAGGCGACUUAUCGCCACGCUAGCCGCACCCUUGGCGGCCACCCCCUGCAGCGCGGCGAGGAAAUGGGUGGAUUCCAGCUCGGAAGUUCAAUUGUGCUCGUGUUUGAGGCUCCGUUAGGUACUCGCAAGCCUGUCGAUGCCGGCUGGCCGGACGAUGCGCCGAGUGAUGGCUGGACCUGGAAUAUUGAAAAGGGUCAACGCAUCAAGGUCGGCGAAAAACUCGGCUUUGUGGGUGACGCGUGA